CUCCGAACCACUUGCAAGUCCCAAAUGAAGUAGGAGCUCUUUUAACAUGGAAGUCAAGUCUUGACCUUAGAAGCCAAUCACUACUCUCAUCAUGGGUUGUUGGUACUCAUCCUUGCAAUUGGACUGGUAUCGCUUGCGAUGGCGGCCGAAGUAUUACAACCCUAAACCUUACAAGUUAUGGGUUAAAAGAGUACAACUUCAAAACAACCAAUUCUCAGGAGAUAUAUCUGAAGCCUUUGGAGAAUAUCCAAACCUUGAUUACAUUAACUUGAGUAACAAUUCUUUUUAUGGCCAUCUAUCUUCUAGUUGGGGUCAUUGCUCGAAACUUACUGCUUUGAAGAUUUCAAAUAAUAGAAUUUCUGGAAGUCUUCCACCUAAUCUCAACAAUGCCUCUCAACUUCGAUUUCUAGAUCUGUCCUCAAAUGAAAUAGUUGGAAUGAUCCCCAAGAGUUUGGAAAACUUGGUGUUGUUAAUUACAUUUAAGUUGGAUAACAACAAAUUUUCUGGCAACAUAUUACUAGAAGUUGGAAAAUUAUCUCAACUUUUGAUCUUUAGCAUAGCCGCAAAUAAUUUUGUUGGAUUGAUUCCACAACACUUUGAGAGUUGCCAAGGGAUAAUAAACUUGGAUUUGAGCAGAAAUAUGUUUUUUGGCAAGAUUCCUUAUGGCAUGGGAAACUUGAAAAUGCUUGAAAUCCUUGAUCUCAGUCACAACUUCCUCGAUGGCCAAAUUCCACAACAAUUUGAAGGACUGACAAGUUUACAGAUUAUGAACCUAUCUCACAAUAAUCUGUCAGGGUACAUUCCAUCAAGCAUUUCCCAGUGUACAGGUUUAGAUUCUGUCGAUGUAUCAUACAAUCAGUUAGAAGGUCCCAUCCCAAACAAUAAAGCAUUUUUGGAAGCUCCGUAUGAUUCCUUGAGAAAUAACAAAGGUUUGUGCGGGAAUCAUUCUGGCUUCAAGCCUUGUUCCACUUAUAAUCAAAGAGAUCAUACGAGAAGACAUUUGCUUUUAAUCAUACUAAUAACGUUUGGAAGUUUGUUUGUGGUUAUUAGCAUUUUUGUGUUAUUAAUUAUUCGAUCAAGGAGCAAUAUUAGAGAAAGACGACCAAGAGAAAUUACUAAAGACGUGCUGGAAAUAUUGAGUUUUGAUGGGAAGGUGGCAUAUGAAAGUAUCAUUGAAGCGAGUGAGAACUUCGAUUCAAAAUAUUGUAUUGGUGAAGGAGGACAUGCAAGUGUUUUCAAGGUUGAGCUACCAAGUGGUCAAGUAGUUGCUAUAAAGAAGUUUAAGGCCACUGGGCAAGAAGAUGAAUGGUGUAGUCUCAAAAGUUUUUCAAACGAGAUUCGCAGUUUAACCGAGGUUAGGCAUCGAAAUAUUAUAAAAUUGUAUGGUUUUUGUGCUAGCGAGAGACACUCAUUCUUGAUUUAUGAGUACUUGGAAGGUGGAAGUCUAGCACACAUAUUAAAGCAUGAUGAAAAAGCAUUGGAAUUAGGGUGGAUGAAAAGGGUAAAUGUGGUUAAAGAUGUGGCUAAAGCGUUGUCAUAUAUGCACCAUGAUUGUUCAACUCCUAUUGUUCAUCGGGACAUAUCUUCUAAGAAUGUUCUGUUUGAUUUGGAAUACAAAGCUCAUGUUUCUGAUUUCGGCACAGCAAAAAUAUUGAGUCUUGAUUCAUCAAAUUGGACUUCAUUUGCUGGGACAUUUGGCUAUGCAGCUCCCGAGUUUGCAUACACUAUGGAAGUAAACGAAAAAUGUGAUGUGUAUAGCUUCGGAGUGGUAGCGCUAGAAAUUAUUAUGGGCAAGCAUCCGGGAGACUUCAUUACAACCAUUUUGUCACCCUCAACAUCAUCAACCAGCCAUCAAAUGUUGGUAAAAGAUUUGUUAGAUCCUCGACUCUCUACUCCAACAAAGCAAGUGGCGAAUGAGUUGGUUUUGGUUGCCAAGAUAGCAGUUGCCUGUUUGAAUAGCAAUCCACAAUGUCGGCCGACCAUGCGACAGGUUUCUGUGUUGCUAUCCAAGGAAUUGCAUUUGUCAAAUUUAUUACUUGAUCAUAUCACAAUAAGCCAAUUGUUUGGCCUUGAAUUUCCUACUCCCUGAUCAAGCUAGUUUUCAAGGCGUUGAAAUUAGUACUAUUCUUUCUGAUUCAUUCUCAACAUGCUUUUUCUCAGCGUUACGAUUGCUAUUUUUUGGUAAGUAGUUGAAAUUUUAUUAUUGCAUGACCUAUUCUCUUAUAUUAUUGGGUUUUCUGUAUUAUUUGCUUUGCUGGAUGGAUAUGAGAUUUAUAUAUAGGUACAUACUACAUAGAUAUACAUUUACUAAAUUGAUUUUUUGUUUUAAAAUACACUAUUAUUUAAUGAGACCUUUUAAUUGACUCUUUACUACUGAUAUCAUAAAUGGCAUGUCUCGUUCAACUGGAGAAGUAUUAGUCCAGACUUUCGACACUAUGACUUCAAUCAAGAAAUUUUAUUUGAGAUCUCGAGACAGUUAGUACUCUCUGACAAGUUAUUAGUACAUUUCCUUGAUUAUACAACCUUUUCUUGGUGCAUUAGAGGAUCCAUAUAUAAUGUGUUAAAUUGAAAUAUGUUGUCGAGUGAUUCACAAGAUAAUUACUGUGUGUAGUUACUAAUCUGUGCAGGAAAUCAACUCAAAAGUGGAGAAACUUGUUGAUGAUGCAUUGCAGAGAUGGAAUUAUUAUGUAAAACCAUAUCGAUGGGUAUGGAUUUUGCAUCUACUGGGUGUAUUAGAAUGCAUGCAUAAUAUGAUAUGAUGUGUUAAAUCAAACUACCUUAUCUUGUUGAGUGAUUCAUAAAAUAAUCACUUUAUUUGUAUGUGUGUGUAUUACCAAUCUAAUCUGUGUGGGCAAGGUAAUCAACUCAGUGACGAAGAAGUAGAGAAGUUGAGGACAAUCCCAACCGAAUUGAUCAGAUAGUUGGCUUGGUAACCAUAAGCCGGUCAGUUAUGGCUUAUGGACAAUCUAAGCUGAUUUAUCUUGAAUAGUAAAACCAAGUUGAUGAUUCAUAGAGGAUGAGAUGAUGGGUAUCACUGAACAAUAUGCAUGCACUUUGAUUACAUACAUCGAUCGGAGUACGCAAGACCCAUGUUUGUUUGAGCAGUUCCAUGGUCUCCUCAUGAAAAAGCUCAUUCAUCCCGUCAGGUGAAUUCUCCAAAAUCUUAGUCCCCAAGUGAUUGUUUGUCCAAGAUUGGCCAAAUAAUCCGCGCAUUUGUUGCCGUCCGUGAUUAGAGAGGAAGGAGUUUCCCCUGGAGUUUCCCCCCUGCUGAGAGCUCUCAUUCAUCACCUCCACAACAACAUUAGAAUCGAGUUCAAUACAAAGUUUAUGAAAGCCCAUUUCUCAGCCGAGCCAUAAACCCUCCUUUAAACCCCACAGUUUGACAGAGAAGCUAUCUUCAGAGCUCAAUGCUUAUAUAUAUUUGUUAUGUGAAACUAACAAAAUGUUUGUACACCACAUUCAAUAAUAUGUAGCAUUAAUAUGUUAUGUUGAGAUAGGAUACAGUGUUGAUAUGUCAGUAUUGUAUGAAAAUGUACGUAAUUCUUUUGAAAUC